UCUCCCCUCCUCCUCCCCUCUCUCCAGGUGAUUGAUAUGAACGAGUACCAACGGAGGAGGUUUGCGUGUCGUAUCAUUGACUGUCUGUUUAACACAGUGACAGGGAAGAAGAUCGCCCUGCUGGGAUUCUCCUUUAAGAAAGACACUGGAGAUACCAGGGAGUCUUCUAGUAUAUAUAUAUCUAAGUACCUGAUGGACGAGGGAGCCAAGCUCCACAUCUACGACCCUAAAGUCCUGAAGGAACAGAUCAUUCUGGACCUCUCUCAACCACACAUCUCUGAAGACCCUCACAGAGUGUCUGAGCUGGUCACAGUGUCAGUGGAUCCCUACCAGGCCUGUCAGGGGGCUCACGCUCUGGUCGUCUGCACCGAGUGGGACAUGUUCAAGGAGCUGGACUAUGAGAUGAUCUAUGACCACAUGUUGAAACCAGCGUUUCUGUUUGACGGCCGUCGCCUGUUGGACCAGCUCCACCCCCGCCUGCAGAACAUUGGCUUCCAGAUCGAAACCAUUGGUAAGAAGGUGACGACAUCUCGUAUCCCCUACACACCCACGGCCGGAGUCCCUCGUAUCAGCAUCAACCCUGAACCCCGACCAAGAAGACCAAAGUCUGACACCCACCCCUCAGCAUCAACCCUGAACCCCGACCAAGAAGACCAACGUCUGACACCCACCCCUCAGCAUCAACCCUGAACCCCGACCAAGAAGACCAACGUCUGACACCCCCCCCUCAGCAUCAACCCUGAACCCCGACCAAGAAGACCAACGUCUGACACACCCCCUCAGCAUCAACCCUGAACCCCCGACCAAGAAGACCAACGUCUGACACACCCCCCUCAGCAUCAACCCCCUCCUCCCUAUCUACCAUUCUUCCUCUACGAGGACAAUCAUUGAUAAUCAAUACGUUUUGAUGCUGCCGGUUUUAUUUCCUGUUAUAACUGGCCAAUCACAUUAAUACUGCCUCAUUUCCUGUUGUAACUGGCCAAUCACGUUAAUACUGUCUUGUUUCCUGUUAUAACUGACCAAUCACAUUAAUACUGCCUCUCAUUUCCUGUUGUAACUGGCCAAUCACAUUAAUACUGCCUCUCAUUUCCUGUUGUAACUGACCAAUCACAUUAAUACUGCCUCUCAUUUCCUGUUGUAACUGACCAAUCACAUUAAUACUGCCUCUCAUUUCCUGUUGUAACUGGCAAAUCACUGGUUCCGAUUUUAUACAGACAGAAAUAAUGUCUUAAAUAACGUCCCCUUUCAUGGUGCUCUCCUGGUCCAACGUACGGCCCUAUAGAGGGUGUCAUUUCAGAUUGAACAAAUCCUUCUAAUAUCCUGCCUUUUUAUAUAGACUGGUGAUGUCAUCAACCUGCGACUUCAAUAAAACAAGAUGUGAACUGUCA